AUGUCAAGCGGUCCAUUCAAAGUCAUCAUCAUUGGCGGUGGCCCCAGCGGUAUCACCGCCGCACACGCGCUACACCACGCCGGAAUCGACUUCGUCGUCCUCGAACGCAGGACAAACAUCGUCGAGGAUCUCGGCGCAAGUCUCGUCCUGGGCGCACAGAGCCUGCGCGUUUUCCACCAGUUUGGCAUCCUCGAAAACCUUCUGGAAAUUGGCGGCAAGCUGCACGAAAACAAGGGCUUCACUGUCGAUGGAUAUAACUUCAAACAUGCAGAGACACUAGCCAUAUUGAAAGCGCACCACGGCGCAGAACCCGUUGCAUUUCACAGAGCUCACCUCAUCGAGGCCCUCUACGAAGGUCUGCCAGAAGCUGCCAAGGCGAAAUAUUUGACCGGCAAGAAGCUUGCCGGUAUCGUCUCCACAGACGCGGGAGUGACCGUCACUUGCGAAGAUGGCUCAUCCUACAAUGGCUCAGUUGUCAUUGGCGCCGAUGGCGUACACUCAGCGACGCGCCGACAGAUGCGCAAACUCGCCGUUGCUGAGGACCCCUCGCGCGAAGAGACCUGGGACGCCGUGAAGCCCUUCAAGACGCUCUACCAAUGCAUGUGGGCCUCGUUCCCGCGCCCGACAGAGACCGGCCAAAGCUAUGAGACGUCAGGAACCGACAGCUCCGUUAUGUACAUCACCGGCAAGGACAGAGGCUGGAUUUUCUUGUACGAGAAGCUUCCCGAGACGACGACGGAGCGCAUCUCUUUUACCGACGAGGAAUUGGAUGCGUUUGCUGGAAGAUUCGCAGAAUGGCCUAUAACCGACACUCUCAAGGUGAAAGAUGUUUACGAGGAGCGCUUCAAUGCUGGCGGCGCAGGCCUGGAGGAGGGCCUAUGUAAACACUGGAGUUGGAACGGGAGGCUCGUGCUUGUAGGCGACGCAGCCCACAAGUUCACGCCCAAUGCCGGCUUAGGCUUCAAUAACGGCGUGCAGGAUGUGGUGGCGCUCUGCAACAGGCUGCAAAAGUUCGUCUCUGGGUCUGCGAACGAAUCCGACAGCAAGACUCCCGACUUCCCCGCGCUGGAGGUUCAGUUCGAGGCGUAUAGACAGGAGAGGCAAGAACGGGUGGAGCAGGAUCUUGAACAGUCUGCACGUGUGACGAGGAUGCACGCAUGGGCUUCGACGUGGGACUGGAUCAUGCAGAGGUAUGUCCUGUCGUGGGCUUUUGUUCAGCAUCUCUUCAUCGCCUACAUCGUCUCGCCGAACGCGCAGAAGGCGGGAGUCUUGGACUUCAUCUCAGCUUCGGAACCGUUCGAGGGCACCUACAAAUGGCUGCACCCGUUGAAAGGAAUCAAGAAUGGAGGGUCUGUGUAG